AUGUCCUCAAAAAGCGAUAGUAUUAAGGAUAAUGAAAAACUGCUAGAGCUACUAGAUUCCAUCGAAGAGCAGUUUUUAGUGCCAUACAAAAAACCAGAAGACUUCCGUAAAAUUUCCUCCACCACUAAACUACAGGAUUCCACACCAAUCAAGGAACUAGGAAAAUUAGCCUCCGUGUUAAAAGCGCAUUGCACAAAGAUUGGUAUCGUCUGCAAACCAGGUACUUUCGAUAGCAAUCAUAAAGUCGUCUUCACUGAAAUUCAGAAUCUUAGCACGCCAUUAUUCUUCCUACUAAGUUUAUUUCCUUUAUUUUACAGAAACAAGGAUUACCCAAAGUUCUUUAUAGAUCAACUUGACGAAAGCACACUGCAAUUGCUUGACGGUUUAAGAGAAUUAGUUUCGGAACUACAAACAAGAUUGAAAAAUGAAGAGGAUGCAUCUCUGGAUAAAGAGAGGUUGACUUCCGUUGGUAAAAUAUUUAAUGCGUGCGACUUUCUCUCUAAUUGCUCCAAAGUUGGAUCUUAUGGAAUUCUUGCCAAUAUUCUGAAAGGGAACAUAGCCAUAAUGGAUGAUACAUUGGAUGAGAUAAAAGAAUGGCUUGAGGAGCCUGACUUUUCAGCAAACUCAAACGACGUAUUUUUGAAUUUUGAUGAUUCGGAAUCUGAAACUGAUGCGGCAGAGGAAGAUUUUGAUCAGCAAAAGGUAUAUGAAAGUAUAAAAUCGUUCUUCGAUGAUUUUGUGAAGAAAAUAAUGCUGAUUAAAUUGCUUGUAUCAACGUUCAAAAAAACUCUAGUCUCAAAAGAUUUCAAACCCAAGAGUAUCCAAUCAGACACUUUAGACAGUCUACACUUAUCCUUCAAGGAAGUACAGUUGCUUUUAGAUGAAGUGGUGUCCACGCUGCAGUUUGAGCCAAAAAAAUUUAGCGCUGAGGAAGUGAAGGAAGAACAGGCUGCUUUGGCUACAGUAAUUAAAAAAGCUCUUGUGCAAAUGAAGAAACUUUAUGAAAACGAUGUCAAAAGAAGAAAAUGGAUCGAGAUAUGGGAGACAAAAUUCAACCAACUGCCUUAG